ACACAACAGUCAAAUAAUUUUAAACUUACACUUGGGUGUAUCCGCAAUACUACCGCAAUAGUAAUUGCGGCAAUAGUAUAGAGAAGCUGCAUAAACGGCUGAGAAUUGUACACAGUAAUCGGUUCGCAACCACAUCAGCAGCCAUGCAUGCAACAACGCUUUUUGCGUUGCUAAUCACCCUUACGACUCGUUGCUAUUCGCUGGAGCCAUGCGGCGAACUGGAAGCACGUUGCCAAACUCUGCGAGAGAAGUUUCGUGAAGCGCAUUGGACAUUUUAUGUUGAACGCUGGAACGUUACCGACGAAGAGGCGAAUCGAUCAGCCCCAGCGGAGAAAGAGUUUUGCCGUCUGAGCCAGGAAACCGGACCCUGCCUCCAGCGUUUAAAUGAACGUUGUCCGGAACAUUCACUUCCCCGAGUCGCGACCGGCUGGUUCAUGGUCGCGUGGCAUGCCGUAAACGCCAAGCUGUGCGCAUCACCUUUCGGUCCACGGCGGUACGUCCCCGCGCUUCGUGCCUGCUAUGACCGCAACGAAGAGAUUCCUGACAGAUCGCCCUUUCCAGCCAACUCAACCUUUUUACUGCAAUCCCAUGACACUUCCAGUGCUGAACGAGACGUUUGCAGUGAUAUUUCGCGGCUCAUGGCACAUAUAAACGGCACAGCCCGUGCCGCAGUAAUGCGGCAGUGCGGAGAAGAAGGCUUGCGAAUUCUGAUGGAUGGAACUGGGUUUCUGUUCAGAGCUAGCUGUUUAAACUGAGCGCCGCCAGCAGCGAGCCUUGAUUUGGUUGUCUUCAACGAACGUGAAUUGCUGGAACUAAUUAGAAAGUUACCUUUGUGCUUUGCAGGUACUAUUGUGUACUUGAAUGAUGCAGCAAAACAAAAAUAUAGAAUAAAGAUAUACAAGAAAAGAUAGAUGCACCAACGCAGCAACAAGCCGGAGCAAAAAAAAUACAAUCACUUUAUCUUGAUGUUGCUGCAUCUUUUACGUGCUGUGCUUAAUCGAAAUGGGUACACCUUUGGUCGUUCAGACCCAGAAUGCUACCUUGUAAGGGAUAAA